AUGGUUGCUGACAUGUCAGUCAACAACUUUACUUUGUCCGUGAUCCGGAAUAGGGGACGUUCGAAACGGAGAGUGAAGGAUAACCAAAGGCAUUACGACAUGCAAGAGCAACGUGAUCACGUCCAGCUUUUAUCAAAACAAAUCUUUUCGAAACAGGAACAAAUGAAACCGUUCACCAAUACGAAUCCAAACGAAGUGAUUGAAAGAGAGUUGCGGAUUCAUUCCACUCUCCACCACGAGAACGUAGUGUAUUUGCUAACUUCUUUCAAAACCACUGCAAAUGUGUACAUGGUGCUGAUGCAAUUUAGCCUUCGAGAUGUAAUCGACAAAUACGUGAAAAUUGCGGAUGAAAAAUGUGUACUUGUGAUGAUUGCAGUCUGGCGAGGACUUCGAUAUUGUCAUUAA